AUGGACGUGGGCGCCCCUGCGAGGCCCGGCGCGAGCGGCAGCUCGGCCGGGGGCGCGGGGCCCGCUGCCGUGCCGGGCGACCCGCUCGGGCCCUUGGCCUCCCUCCCGUGGGAGCAGCAGGAGCGCGCGUGCGCGCUGGUCCUGAAGCUGCUGGAGCGCAUCGCGCAGGCCCCGGGCGACCCGAAGUUCCGCUGCGUGUCCAGGGGCUCCCAGAGGCUCCAGAAGGACCUGCUGGAGCUGCCCGGCGGGGACGCCCUCCUGCGCUGGGCCGGCUUCGACGACCUCGGUGACCACUUCGGGAUGCCGGCCGGCACCCCGGGCUCCCGCGCCGAGGAGCGGGCCAGGGACCUGCGCUCGCGCGCGGAGGCGGAGCGCGACAGGCAGUGGCGCAGGGCCCGCGACCGGCGCAUCGAGGAGGAGCGGCAGCGGCGACUGCCGCGCGGGGACGGCUCGCCCGUGCGGCGCUGGCGCGGCGGCCUGCCCACCUUCGCCCGAGGGUCCGCCGGCGCCUCCGGCCUGGAGUGCUCGAAGGUCGCGGCGCGGGUGGCGGUGGCGGCGGACGGCUCUCGCCCCCGGGGCCUGGCGCCCCUGCGCCUGGACGGGCUGCUGGACCCUCUGGCGCCCGCGGCCGCGGGGGGUGCGCCCGUGGAGUACGAGCUCUACGCCGUGAUCCAGCACAUCUCGACCCAGACAUCCAGCGUCGAGAGAAUCGGGAAGUUUGUGCUUAGGUUUUUUUGUUCUUCCAACAUCGGGGCCACGCCCUUCAGCGGGCACUACGUGGCGCACUGCUGGCACGAGUCCUCUGGGGCGUGGUGGCGGUUCGACGACUCCCACGUCGCCCGCGUGCCCGCCGAGCGGGUCGCGGACGAGGUGCUCACCAGCGGCUCGUACGUCCUCCUACUGGCCACCCCGCGGUGGAUGGCGGCGCGGCGGGGGCGCGCGGCGCCCUGCGGGGGCGGCUCCGCGGGGGCCCGCGGGCUGCCGUGGCUGGCGCUGGCCGUCGUGGGGGCCGCCGCCUUCCACGACGACGACUGCGAGCUGGCCGCGGACAGCCCUGGCGCGAUCGUGGACUGGCGGCGGCUCAGGGAUUUGCUUGACGGUCCCGGGCGGGAGGACGUCGAGCUGGGCCGCAUAUUAGCAGAUCUGCGGGGUCUGCGGCAGGAGAGGGUCAAAGAGCAGUGCUUUCUGGGUGUGGUCUCGGCGUGCUUGGUCGAUGCAGCUGUGGGCACAGCGCGGGCUUGCAUCGAGGGGGUGUCGCUGGAGAGGAUGCUGGCCUCGCGGUGGCCCAUCCUUGACCUGCUAGCCGAAGUGCAGCGCAAGGCGGGCGGGGACUCGUUGUCAUGCGACUCAGUGGGGCACCCCUCGCUAGACUGGACGGAGUGGCGAUCCACCGUGUACGCCUUCGUAGAGAAAGUGCCCCCCUGGGUGAAAGGUCUCACGGAUAGCGAUGCAGUGCCAGCUGAAUUCAACGACGCUAUCGGGGAAGCGCAGGCGGUUGUUUGGAAGGCGAGCUCAGCUGCUGUCGCUGAUGGCCUCACCAUCGGGGAAUGGACGAGCCAUUGCACUUUGGGUGUCAUCACUGCCCAUGCAGUGAGGGCAGUGGGAAUGGUGAUAGGAGAUGGGGAUAUCUAUCGGAUCGUGCAGCGGGCGCUGGAGACCUCUGCGAAGACGUUCGAGUUCAUAGAGGACGCGCUGCAGUCCCCCUGGCCGAUCUUCGGUGUGCUCGGCGCGCUCGGUCUCUUCUCGGGCGAGGUCACCCGACCGGCCCAGCACGACACGCGGCUCACGCCUGCGGACCUCUCCCCGCUGCGGGGCGGAGCGGAGGAUGCCGCUCGCUCCGCGGUGUGGCGGACCGCAGCCGAGGUCCUGCGCGGGGCCGCCGCGGCGUCGGGCGGCCUGAGGGCCGUCAUGCUGACCGCUCUCGCGCACGACCGUAUCAAGUUCUUGAUGAACUUCUUCAAGCGCGCCGAGCGGCUGGGCUUUCUGGAGACAGUGGCGGUGGUGCCCCUGCGGCAGAACGUCACGCAGUCUUGCCAGACGAUCGCGCAGCUCUUCGCAGCUCAGCGGGAGGGCCGCUUGCCAGCUGGCUGGGACCCGUGCCUGCCCUUCGUGUCCGCGUUCGCCAACCGCGCGCAGUGGCUCUACCUGCACGUUGCUGUGCAGCUUGGACUCGCUGCCCUGUGGUUCCAUUUUGAGGUCCUAUGGGUGCAGAGCCCGCUGCCAGUGCUGAACAGACUAUUGGUACAGCCCUCGCAGGUCCUGCCAUACAGGCACCCUUGCCAGCGACGGUGUUGUGCAGAGACGGAUGCCGAUGUCUUCCUGGCCGACAACUUCUAUGCUGCGUAUAUGCCGCGACACACUCUUUUUAUUCUCAGGGCGUCCUCGGCUACACAGUCUUGGCUUCAGCUCUUCGUGCAGUGGUUGCUGACGUACCCGUUUGCUGACGCUAGGCGUGGCCUGCAUUAUAUGGCGUAUCCCGAAGAGCCAGACUCUGUUCCCUCGAUGUCCAUGCUGCCUGGAAAGGACAGCAUGCCUCGCGUCGCGAUUGGAGAUCUGGACGUGGAGCAGCAGUUCGUGGGGACUGACGGCUGGUUCGGGGGAAUCAUGGAGACCAGCCAGGUUGCUACGGGCAUCAUCAUUGUACGUAAGACAAAGAUGGCAAUUCAGUUCUUGAGGGAAUGGCUGGCUGCAUGCGAGGACCCGCGCAUCAUGACAGAGGAGCCUUCAGUGUUAGGGUUUCCAGAUUACUUCACCUUCAAGAACAACAAUGAUGACCAAACCGCAUUCUCGCUCGUUUUCAAGCGCUACGGCUUCGUGCCUUUUUCUGUCGGGGAGCGCGACGAUGUCGUGUACACCGGACGCAACCUGGCGAAGUUCCGGCAGGUCUCGGACGCCUUCGCGGUCGGCCAGACAUCAGACCGCGAGGCGUACCUUCAAGCAGCGGACACGGCCGCAGCGGUGCAUGAGGCGGCCCCCGACGCGCAUGCUGACGGGAUAUAA